GUCUUUGCCCGCGACUCCGGAUCCGACAUCGAGUCGCUCGAGUCUUUACCUCGCGGUUGUCUCGCGGGUGACUAGCGCACGCGAGAAUCGCGCUACGAGUCACCGGGUCUUGGGGUCCGUUCGCCCCGUUAAAUCGGACACGGUUUUUCACGUUCCACGGGCCCCCCGGGUGCCUCGAAGCACACCGGCGAUAUCGCCGAUCAUCCGAUGCCUCGUCCAGUGCGGAAUACCGACGACAGUCACACCGGAUUCUUGUGAUACGUUAGAUGCGUCGUUUCGUCGUGAUUUCGCGCGAGUUCGAGCGGACGGAAAGUAACAAGUGUCCGUCGUCGUCGUCGUCGUGUUACCGGUUUUCGUCCGGAUCGAAUCGUCGAAUCGGAGGUUCCUUCUUGUUCUGUGUCGAGUGAUCGAGGCGGUGAAUAUUAACGGCGAUGUCCACCUACAAGAGUUACGUGCCUUGGAGCAAACGUGAAAGAGAAAAUUCGUACAGUUCCACGAAAUCCGACUCGUCUACGCAACAGAGCGACGCCAACAAUUACAAGCCAAAAGCGAACGCUACGCUCGAAUCGAAUAAUUUCGGACGUAACGCCAAUAGCGGAAGUCAAUUACCCGGCUACAGAAGCGCCUAUUCGAACGUCGUCGGUCCGGCGAAUUCUAAUCGUUCGCAAUCGAAAGAUCGCACAAUUUCAAACUACGGUGGAAACUACGCCAAAAAAGAUAGGGAAAAUACGGAAGACAGAACGUCUUACAAAUACGCCGCUACUCCGAAGGACGGGAACAAAAAUCGUCUGCAUCCCGAGAGAACGUCCGCCAAAGAGGAUACGAGAUCGAAGAGCCCGUUGUCCGGUAGUCGGAGUUCCCUCCUCGAGAAAUACUCGAACAUCCGGGAUGGGAAUGUCAAAUCGUCGGAACGGCCGACGUCGGUUUUGGACAAAUACACGCGCGGCGCAUCGAGAGAAAGGAGCCGUGAGCCAGAUAUUAUUCCACGUUUUGUCUCCAGCACGUACCCCGGCACGACAACGGGCAGGACGUACGCCGCCGAGCGUCCUGAGAGGAAAGAAAGGAGCGAACAUCCUCCGGUUUCUUACAGGGGAAUACGCGUGCCCUCAGGCAGAUCAUCCCGCGAACCGAGUCCCGAAAUUGCUACGGGCAAGAGCAGCUGCUCCCGAUUUUAUCCCAGGACACCUUCGUACGGCAGGACGACGCCCGGAAGUCUGGCGACAACGGAUUCGGCCCUGACUCCGGUUACCUCGUCGAGAUUCUGCAGUGCGGCCGGUACCCGCUUCGGGUUGACGCCCAGGAGCAAUUCGGACCACGUGCCAACGGCCAUAAGUUAUUCCGGUUCGGAUCGAUUUCGAGCCCCGAGUAGCAGGAGGUCGAUUACUCCUCUGAAGGAUGACGUAACUUCCAGAAAUACGGUGUCGCGGGUCGAAAUGUCGCCGCGCGCCGUAAAUACGGCGAAAAAAAUUGAGGCGAAUUCGAGAACGCCGGAAACUCUCCUCCGCCACCCCGACCGUUGUUCGCAGAGCCACGCGGACCAGGCGAAAGACGAGGAGGAAGAGGAUGACGAGGGGGACGGCGAGGCGGAAGAAGAGGAAGAGGAAGAGGAAGAGGAAGAGGAAGAGGAGGACGAGGACGAGGAGGAAGAAGACGAUGAAAAAGGUAGAAAUUUCGUAACCUUGACAGUCGUCUCUCGAGGAACUUCACCAUCCGCACCUGCCUCCUCCGCUUUCGUGCGAACGCGAAGAGCGGACACAGCCAGGGUCAUUCAAAAGGAGAUAACGAGACCGAGAAAACGACCGCCGAUGAAGGACGAACAGAUGCAGUCGGACAGAAUGGACGAUACCGCGAGAUUUUCCCGUUACGGUGGUGGUAGAGUAGCGGCGACCCCUUGGACUUCGUAUCUGGAAAAAUACUCGCCAAAUUCGUCGAGUUCCUCGGGAUAUGUGUCAAGGAGUUACGGCAGCGGUAACGGAGCCUCAUCGGUACCCUCGAGGAUCGGAGGAUUCGGUUAUUCGAAGCCAAGCGAAAGCACGUCCUCUUCGAGGGGCGAUUCGGUCGAUUCUAAUGCCAAAGCACAACGCCAAAGCGGUAUGGCGAAAAAUAUCUUUCGAAACGAGCCUAGUCAGUCGAGUUCAAAUAAAAAUUUAUUGAGGGGUGAUUUCGGCACUCCGAGUAGGGAAGUUUCCCCGGCAAAAACGGAGGGAUCCGGUCGAAGAUCCGAGUCGAUCUACGAGGACGAGAAGCCGGACUGCGGCAGACAGAAGAGUUCUAUACCAAAUAUGGAAAAAACAAACCAAAGAAAAAAUUCUCUUCCAAAGAUCGAGGGCGUCGUUAACUCGAGUAACGAGAGUAAAUUAGUCAAAUCGUCGCCGAGGAGCGACGGAGCGAAUCAGAGGCAGACUUCAGCGCCCAAAUACGAGGAGCAAUCUUCGACGUCUGGUCAAAAACGUGACGGGACCCCAACAAAAACUGAAAAUUGUCAGUCCCGGAGGGACUCGCUGUCAAAAUCGGACAGCGGAUCUUCGCAGAGUAAAUCGCUGUCGAGAAACAGUUCGGGGAAAAAUGUCAACAGGCAAAUAUCUCGUACGGAUUCAUCCGACAGCGCGGUUAAUCUGCCGAACGGAAAAUCGAAAUCUUCGUCAGCCGGUUCGAUGAGCAGUCAGAGUACAAAAGUAAGAACGACGCCGCCUCCGGCGUCGGGAAAAUCGACCGCUAACGGAAACUCGUCUAUGAAUCUCCGUCACGGUACUCCGGCCGACGGAGCCGCCCGAGGCAAACCACCGGUGCCCAAAAAUGACAGCGGGACCGCCGUCAAGGGCUCCUCUGGUUCUUUGAAAUACGUCAAUAAAGACUUCAGGAAAUCAGCGCUGAAUAUGGAGGGCGGUGACAGCUCGCGAUCCAAGCUCGAAAGAAAACGUCUGAAAAAACAGAGGAGCGUAUCCAUAAGCUCUCAAGAUUCGCAGUCCGAGGCUAAUUCCGAAUCGAUAAAUCAAGCCGCAUCUUCGGGAUCCUCCACCUCCGGUAAAUCCAAUCACUCGGGUUCCAAGCUGAAGCUGCCCUCCACCCUGUCGAAGGGGCUGAUCCAACGAGUCGGGACACCGACGGAACGCGUGGGUCCUACCUCCUCGAAUUUGGAUGAAAGUAACUCGACCAGAGCGUCCAAGUCGCCCUCGCACAGGCGAAAAAAAAGUACGUCGAGGAGCGCGACCUCCAGUUCGGAGAGCCUCGAUACAUCGUCCAGUUCGUCGAGCAGCGAGGAAGACGACGUCGAUCAACGCUCAGCGAAUUCCCGAAGGAGACGGAGGCGCGCGUCAAACUCCCCACUGGACAAACGGUGCCGUAGCAGCGCGGGUUCGUCGCGUACGAGCGUGUUGGCUUCCUCCGCCGACGAGCUGUCGUUAACGGCGGACAGACCACCCCGGCCACCGGCCAGUCCGAAAUCGCGCAGCGACGCUUCCGUUAAAACUGAGGAGGCUAAAUCGUUUCUGAUGCGGGCGCUCGCCCCGGUGACCAAUUUAUUCAAAGUCAAACACCAGGACUCCGGCGAUUCGAAGUCCGCCGGCUGGCCGGAUUCCAAUGCCGAGAUAUCCGAAUCGUUGAAGAAAAAUGCCAACAACGGGAUGUCCAUUUCCAAGUCGAUCACCCAAUCGUUGUCGAAGAGUUUGAGUUUUACCAACAAUUCGGAACGCGGCGAUAAGAAGAGAAAAGCACACAAACUGACCCACCAAGCGUCCGGAGAAAAGGCAUGGUGGCUUGAAUCCAAUUCGGAUAACGUGCCGGAAGGGGUGGAAAAACUAAGCGUACACAGCGACGACGUGAGUCAGGAUACAACAGUCAGCAACGUUCUCCCCGACGAUGGGAAAUUCAAGUUCAAAAUUUGGCGUCAGGACUCGGGAGAUAGAGCGUGGUGGCUGGACGCGAACGAUAAUAUCCCGGAGGAUCUGAGGAAGGAAUCAUCGCCAAACUCGCCGCUCUCGAGACGGGGUUCGAGUCGUUGUAGCUCCAAGUCCGAGCGGCGUAAUAGGAUAAGGCAUCAACAGUCGGGGGAGCGCGCCUGGUGGAUGAGCGAGGAUCCGAAAAGCGUCCCCGAGGGUAUAGAGGUGAUACCGGUCCCGCGAGUGCUGACACCGCAGGAGGCGGAACGUACGGAGAAUUCGACGGCGGAAACUGGAUUCCCGAAAACAGCAGUCAGCAAAAUAAGACACAUCGACUCGGGGGAGAAGGCAUGGUGGAUGGACAGCACCGCGAACGUGCCGGAGGGCGUUGAAAAUAUUCAACUCGAUACGUCGAUGAGCAAUUCCGACUCGUCGCAAUCGUUGGAGAAGGUCGACAUCGGCGAUCAGCCGCAACCGGAAGUACAACUGAGAAGAAGUUUGUCCAGAUUUCCGAUCGAAUUCCCGCCGCCACCGCCGCCCGACGAACCGCUCGGGGACCGCGCCAGUCCCGAGGGCGUCGAGAACCCUCCGGAUCCUCCCGACAGCUACGGCGGACGAAAUUCCCCCUACGACAACGUGAACGUCAAGUCGAUAUCCCAAUCGCCACCCUGCAGAAGGUCGCCACCGAGAAAACGUCCUUCGACGCUUCCCCUGUUCAUCGGUAACCACACGAACAUCGACGACCUAUUGGGCGCCCCUUCGACCCCCAGGCACAGUCCGUUAGCCUCGCGAAUGACGAGAAACGACCGCUGCAAAGAAUCUUCCGAAGAGAGUUCCGAGUGCGAGGAAAUAGACGCUGAUCAAGUCAUCAUUCACGACAGCACGCCCCAAAUUCCGAUAAUACGCCGGAGGAAUAGGGAUUCGGACAGACCUCAACCGGACGGCUACAUACCGCUUGACGAUACGGCCCUUCAGCUCUACAAGGACGGCGACUACGGAGCCUACCUCGAUCUCGAGGCGUCCAUCACAGAGCAGCAAGAAGAAUUCGAGGGCUUUCAGACUAGCCGAAAAAAUUCGAUCGUCCUGAGGACUCAACUUUCCGUACGGGUCCAUACGAUAAUAGAAAAAUUGCUCAACAGCGAGGGUAGAGAAUUGAGGCGGGCCUUGUUCUCUCUGAAGCAGAUAUUUCAAGAAGACAAAGAUCUCGUGCACGAGUUCGUGCAAAAUGACGGGCUGGCUUGUCUCAUCAAAGUCGGGAACGAGGCCGACCAAAAUUAUCAGAAUUACAUACUUCGCGCCCUCGGUCAGGUGAUGCUCUACGUGGACGGUAUGAACGGUGUGAUGGAACACGGGCAGACGGUCCAAUGGCUCUACACGUUGAUAGCUAGUCGUUUUCGUCUGGUGGUGAAAACGGCCCUGAAACUUCUUCUGGUUUUCGUCGAGUACGUGGAGACGAACAGUUUGCUACUCGUGAGAGCUGUGAGGUCCGUGGACACCUCGAGGGGUAUGAUACCCUGGACGAAUAUCAUGAAGUUACUGAAGGAUUACGACGCGGCCGACACCGAACUCCUGAUAUACGCAACGACCCUAGUUAACAAAUGCCUCAACGGGAUACCCGAUCAAGAUACCUACUACGAUCAAGUCGACUGUCUCGAGGAACAGGGGGUCGAGGGUAUAAUUCAAAGGUACAUGUCCAAGCAAGGAACCGACCUCGAUCUCCUCAGGCAAUUCCAAAUCUACGAAGCCGUGCUUCAUCACGAGGACGGGGAUGACAGGGGCACUCCCAUACGUCAGCUCGACGACAACAUCAGAAAGACACUGAGGAAUCGAAAAUCACUGGUGGAUUCGCACGAGCGUCGAAAAUCUCGAAGGCACUCGACCGGCACGUCCCCCCUAUCGAUGUCCUUGAACGCCCGACUGAGUCCUCGGCUUAAUCACACUUUAGGUCUUAGCUCUUUGAACACCACCCUAAAUUCAACUUUACCCGACGACGGGGACGAGUCGAGUAGCUCGCAGAGUUCCCAAGGUCUCGGGGAUGUUCAGUUGAACGGUAGCUACAAGGAGAACAAGGUUGACGUUGGCGUUACUCCGGCACUCCGACGUCGUCGCGAACGCGCCGAAAGACAGCGUAGUUUUAUCAGAGAGCAGCAGGAGGCUACCGCCAAUAUGAGGGCGUCCAUCGGACACUCGGAUGACCAGGAGAGUUCGUUUCCGACCAAUGGUCAGAGAUACACCAACGGAUCGCCGGCUUACGACGGCAACGCCGAUACGACUUCUAAUAAAUUAUCGCGCGGCAACAGCCGCAAAGAUUUGACCCCGCUAAUGAACGCCGCGAACAAACUUGAUUCGGAAGAAAAAAAACCCUGGUACGGUAAAAAUCGGGACGAGGGUGUCGAGUGUGACGAGGGUAAUCACACCGACGAAGAUGACCAGGAUCGCAGAGUGGUACUUCAACUGAAAAGGGAAGGAACGGUCAAGGAUCUGACUCAAAAGUUGGCCGCGCAAAAUCUCAUCCCAAGCAGUCCGGUGGAGGACAAGGUCUCCAGGAUAGGUGACAUGAGCGGAUUGAUAUCCAAGGCGAAGGAGGGCUUGGCUAAAUCGAAAUCGAAGGCGGACGUUCUGAAAUCGCCGACCGCCGAUAAUAUUCCGAAGUUGACGGAGGUGAAAAAAUCCGAAAACGAACUCCACUGGGAAGAGUUAGCGAGCAAAAUGACACGGCCUCUGGCACUCUGUGAUCUGGACUUCACUGAUCUCAAUUCCGAAGACGAAGUCGACGUUCUCAGUCCGGUUAGCAUCGCCAACGGAAUUCCUCCGCCACCCCCGCCGAUGGCUCCUUCAUCGAUGGCGGGUCGGGCUCCGCCGCCUCCACCCCCGGGAGCGAGACUUCCUCCACCUCCGCUGCCGAACGCCGCGUCGCCUUUGUUUGGUGCAAAUUUUAAAUCCCCGAGGUCGCCACCAAACUCCGACGUAGCGAGUUCCCCGAAAAGUCCCGUGCUUUCGAAUAAGAAGAGUAAAAAGACGGUGAAAUUAUUCUGGAAAGAAGUUAGGGAUGAUCCCAUAAUACUGUCGAGGCUCGACAAGAAUAAAAUGAUAUGGGACGAACUUUCCCCGGUUAUGGUUGACACGCAAAAAUUGGAACACCUGUUCGAGAGCCGCGCCAAGGACCUCAUCACAAAGGAGAAACAGCAAGAGAUGAAUAAAAACAAGGAAAUCAUCGUGCUGGAUCACAAGCGGUCAAACGCAAUAAAUAUCGGGAUGACGAAACUACCACCCCCAAGAUCCAUAAAAACGGCAAUUCUCAAAAUGGACGCUACGAUUAUGAACAGAGAAGGGAUCGAGAAACUACUGACCAUGUUGCCCACCGAGGAAGAAAGAUCUAGAAUACAAGAAGCUCAAGCCGCUAGUCCAGAUCUUCCGUUGGGAUCCGCCGAACAAUUUCUCCUGACACUGGCGUCCAUAUCGGAACUUCCCGCACGAUUGAAACUCUGGGCUUUCAAACUUGAUUUCGAAAACUCCGAGAAGGAAAUAGCGGAUCCCCUGAUGGACCUCAAACAAGGAAUGGAGACCCUCAAAGUUAACAAAACGUUCCGCGGGAUUCUGAGCACGCUGCUUUCGAUCGGGAUAUUCCUGAACGGAAAUGAGGUGAAAGGAUUUCAACUCGAGUAUCUGGCAAAAGUGCCCGAAGUCAAAGAUACCGUACACAAGCACUCUCUGCUGCAUCAUCUAUGUCACAUGGUGAUGGAAAAGUUCCCCGACUCAACCGACCUGUACUCAGAGAUCGGUGCCGUGACCCGAGCAUCAAAGAUAGACUUCGACGAGCUGUCGGGGAAUAUAGGAAAAUUGGAGAACGAGUGCAAAGCAUCGUGGGACCACUUGAAACUCAUCGCCAAACACGACGGCUCUACGAUGAUGAAAGUGAAGAUGUCCGAUUUUCUGUCCGACUGCGCGGAGCGUAUAAUCGUUCUAGGGAUCGUCCACAGACGUAUAAUAAAUCGUUUCCAUAAGUUUAUACUGUGGCUCGGUAUACCGUUGCAUCGUCUCCAGGACACGAAACCGAAUGAAUUCUGCAGAAUAAUAUCGGAGUUCGCCCUCGAGUUCAGAACGACCAGGGAAAGAGUUAUACAGCAGCUGGAGAAAAAGGCGAAUCAUCGGGAGAGGAAUAAAACCAGAGGAAAAAUGAUAACUGAGGUCGGGAAAUUUCGAACUAAGGAAGACAGAGAGGAUGCGGAACUGAGGCAAGUCCUCGGAUGCGAUAUCUCUAAUGUCGAGACAAUCCACGGCACUUUGCCCUGGAGGCGGCAACGGAAGGAAGCUCGUGUUUCAGGUCGCACGGUUUUGGGUCCUCUUCUGAGGGACGAAUCGACCAACGGCAAUCUUACGGACGGGGAUGACGAACUGCUCGAAUCACUCGUGAAGACUGCGACGAAAUCACCGGCUACGCGUACAACGCCUAGGGAACGCAAGAGGACACGCCACGCCGAUCGUAAGUCCCUGAAGCGAUCCCGAACCCGCGAGAACAACACUACGCCGGAAGGCUAUCAACCGUGAACGACCAUUCGUAUAUACUCUGCUGUAAGUGCGUAGAACAUUGAAGAAUGGUCUCUCCGAAGAAGAGAAGAAGCACCUCGCCGCGUACAUCAAGGGCUACUGACUGUGAUAUACAUGAUGGGAAUCGCGGGGGCGAUAAAAAAAUCUCUUGGAAUUUUGAGAGCGAAUCCUCGAAUUUAAAUCUGUGCAGGAAGUCCAGGGGUCACAAACGGGAACCCAAAUCGAUGGCCCGAUCGACUCCUGAAUUAUUUUAUUUUAUUUUUUUUUUUUCUCGUCUUCUGGACGCACGUACGCGAGGGAGUAUCGUAUAGUUUUAUUUCGCAGAGUCUCUUUUACUCACAAUUGGUUAUAGGGUAUUAUUCGCACCCUGAUAACUUUUCCUAUAUACGAAUAUCUUGCCAAACAUUCUGCGGUCGGAUAACGACUGUGGUGUUAAUAAGUAAAUUACAUUAUAAUUUAAAAAAAAAAAAAAAUUAGUUAAAUGAAAACUCAUUGACUCGAGUCAAUCGCUUGGUAUGUUGUUGGCAUUACCGUGGAACGAGUAACGCGCCAUUUCCUCUUUUCUUUUUUUUUUUCCAACAAAGAGGUAAAGAAAAAAAAUGAAAUAGUUAUCUUUACGAAUAAUGGUAAACGUCAAUCUGCUUUUCACCUAGAUAUACACGCAUACUGAAUAUUAUCUGGGCAGAUGCAAUCUUCAAAUUUAAUUUAAAAAUCCUCGAUAGACGACCGCAAUUCAAUGACUCGUUCAUUCGGUCCCUGUCAAACUCUGUCACAUCCGAAUAAUUUUACGUUUUCCUUCAUACGAUAAUAAAAAAAAAAAAAAACCGACCAAUUUAUCGAUAACCGAAAAUAAUCGCCAGGGCUUUUAUGUUCCAUAAUAUAUAACCUUCGAGAAACGUACAAACAUCGAACGAUACAUGAAAUAACUGUGUAUCCAUGAAUGAAUUAUCGACUUUAUUGCCGAUUCAUUAUACAGCAGAUGAAUGACCGAUUGACGAAAAACGAGCAGCGUCGAAAAUUUCAAUUUCAAUUUGUUGAGAAACAAAGCAAAAAGAAAAAAAAAGAGAAGAUAAAUUGUAAAACGUAAUUGAUUCCCUCUGGAAAAUCGGUAGAUACGGAGGGCGGAGUAUUUAUGUAUAAAAUAAUUACGUAUAGAGUUGCUAACGAUAAAAUGGUGAUAAUAAACUUAGAUUUUAAUUGAAAAAAAAAAAAAUUGUGCCUCUAUAUUUGUGAUCUGAUAAAGAUUAAUCGUGUUCGAUCAGUUGCCGAAAUUUCGGAUCACUCUCGCUGAUCUGAACGUUUGUGAAAGGAGAAAAACGAGAUAAAACAAGAAAAAAAAAAAAAAAAACCUCGAUUGAAUUACCUGUUGCUCGAUUUUAUUAAUUCGCGUUUGAAAAGAAGAAUCAAUAAAAUAAAUUGUAAGAUUCGAGAGAGAAAUAGAUAGUAAAAUUUAUUUCUAUACGAUAUAUAUUUACAAAAUAAUUAAUUAAAUAUAUAAAUGAAUGUAAUUUAAUUUUUAAUCAUUGUGCGAUGAACCGUAGAAACCAUGUAUGUGUAAGUUUCUUCGAAAUUAAUGAAUAAACAAAUCGCAAAACUAUCGACAAUA